CGAAUCGCAUUGAAAAUGUUGCGAGGCACCCGUAGUGUAUACGUCACUGACAACCGACGGAAGCUCGCCAUGUGGAGAUGAAUUGCCUACAAUUACGUUAACGUUGAUUAAGAUAAGCUGAUCCUACAAGCAGUCAUGGGUAAGAACAGCAAACAGAGGGGGAAGAAGCAGAUGAACGUUUUCCAAGUGGCAAGCAAACAGUUCAAACCCAAAAGCAAAACGAAGCAAGUCAAAACAUCUCUCAAACACAUCAACACCCUGAAGCACGAGAAGGUGCAGAACCUGAAUGAGAUGUUUACCGAGGUGCAGCGUGAUGUGAAAAGCAUCUCAAAGAAUGUCGCGCAGGAACCCAAGAAGCAGGCUCCGGUUGUAAGGAAGCCCCCCAAGGAAGCUGUGAAUGUGGACAAUGCAGCUCAACUUUUCUCCCAGUUGUAACUGGAUGAUGUCACGCUCUGGCUGUAAAUGGCAAACUGCAUCAUUUGAGAUGUACCUUGUCAAUCAUUUUAUUUCAGUAAUCGACCAGGCAGGUCCCCGAGUGGAGGCCAGCCAGUAAUAUCCUGAUUUUCAGCUGUGCCUGUCCAAGACUGUUGGUGAGCGAACAUGGAAAUUGUAUUUUUUCCAGAGACUUGGCUGAUGAUGGCUCUGCUGCAGGACUGUCCAGUGGAUGUUGGGACAUGAUGCUCUAUUUGUUUGUUUAACAAAAAAAAUGAUACCUAUGGGAAGUGUUUCAGAGAAUUGUGUAAACCUCUGUGAUUCUGGCAGUGCUGUGUUGACACCUUAUUCUGAGAUGAAGACUUUGUGUGUUAUAUUUUAUUAUAAAUAUAUAAAUAUUAAAUAAUAAUGUAACCUA